AUGACGAUAUCUCACAAUCACACCAACACAUCACUGGAAUCAGAAGCAAAUGGUCAUAAUGGCAACCUUGAUCACAUACCUCCCGAAGCGAUAAAGGGACUUUCUGAAGAAUCAAUAUCGUGUCUACGGAAUCUUGCGACUUACAAUGCACCUCCAUUAGCAGACUUUGGUAUAGUGAAACAAGCUGCUGUAUUAGUGGCUCUCUUCCAGAAAGAUGGAGAUGAUCAACUACAUGUUCUGUUAACUACCCGAGCGAAAACUAUGAGGAGGCAUCCAUCUCAAACUGCAUUACCGGGCGGGAAAGUUGAUCCAGAAGAUCCAGAUGUCAUAUUUACAGCUCGUCGAGAAGCAUUUGAAGAAGUCGGAUUACCAUUAAAUCAUCCAUCAAUAUAUCACUUAACAGUAUUAGAACCUGUUAUGACUAUAUUACCAUUGAAUUCACAUAUGAAAAAUCAUAUUAUCGUUACACCCGUGGUAUGCUUCAUCUCUUCACCAUCGAUCAUAUCUACUCUCAUACCGAAUCCAGAUGAAGUAGAUGCAAUCUUCACACAUCCCUUGAAAGGCGUCUUGACUGGUAGUUUAGAUCUAAAGGAUACGGAAAGUUUAGUUGACAUAGGUGGAGAAUGGUGGCCUCACGAAGAAGAAUUUCACUCUACAAACGAUAGAAUAGGUAGUAUUGGAGUAUACAGGAUGCAUCGGUUCAGGACAACUCGAUCACCUAUAAAAGGGUUGACCUCUGAUGUCCUUAUACAAACUUCAAUGAUAGCUUAUAAUUCUCCAACGACAUAUCCAAGGUUCGCAAGUGAUCAAUCUCCAUUCUCGAAUCUGAUCUCAGGUGUGGUUAAAGAUUUACCAUUUCAUAUUGAUAAAUCGAAUAAUUCAGGUCCGGUAGAAUGGGGUGGUACAGAAGGUGAAAGGUACAGAAGUAGCGAAACAUGGGCUAAUGCGUGA